AUGUACCUGGUGGCCGUGUCAGGAAAUGCUGUCCUGAUCUGCGUGGCGGCAGUGGAGCGUAGUCUUCAGGAACCCACGUACCUCUUCCUCUCCAUGCUGGCAUUUUGGGAUCUGAUUCUAUCCACAGCCACAGUCCCCAAAGCCCUGAGCAUCUUCUGGUUUGAUGACACGGACAUCUCCUUUGGUGGCUGUGUGACCCAGCUCUUCUUCAUGCAUUUUGCCUUUGUAGUAGAGUCAGGCAUUCUCUUGGCCAUGGCUUUUGACCGCUAUGUGGCCAUCUGCUAUCCUCUGAGAUAUACCGCCAUUCUUAGCCAGGACACCAUUGGCAAAAUUGGGGGUGUUGUUGUGCUCAGGAGUUUUGCAACUGUUUUCCCUAUCGUCUUCCUUGUGAAGCGGCUGCCCUUCUGUCGGACAAACAUCAUUGCCCAUACAUUCUGUGAACACAUGGGGCUGGCAAAGCUGGCUUGUGCCGACAUCACCAUCAAUAUUUGGUAUGGAAUCUCCGUGCCAUUACUGAGUGUUAUGCUAGAUUUGGUGAUGACAGUCAUUUCUUAUGGGCUUAUUAUCCGAGCAGUCUUCAGGCUGCCAUCUCGAGAUGCCCGGACGAAAGCACUCAGCACCUGUGGUUCCCGUGUCUGUGUCAUCCUCAUGUUCUACCUGCCAGGGAUCUUCACUGUCACUGCUCAGCGCCUCGGCCAGAAAAUCCCCAAGCAUGUCCACAUCCUGCUGGCCAAUCUCUGUUCUUGUCCCCCCAGUGAUGGAUCCAGUUAUCCAUGGAGUAAAGACCAAGCAGAUCCGUGA